AUGCCUCUCGAACGCGGGAACGAACAGUCCGCAGCAAAGCCUUCCGACGACGUCGCCGCCGACCAACCUGCAUCGUCAAAAGAGAGUCAACCUGAAGUUUUGUCAGAAGAGCCGCCCGCUGAAUUAAAAGAAGAGAGUAAAGAGAAUGAUGCCGCUGCCAAAGCUCGUCAGAGACAAGAAAGAUUCAAGGCCCUUCAAGCUCGUGCGAAAAAUGCAACCGAGCGUAAUUUGAAAGAGACUGCUGCCGAAACCCAACGUCUGGCCACUGAUCCUACACUACUUUCUUCGUUGUCGCGCAAACAUGCAUUUGCAUCACAUAAUCUCCUCAAGGCUGAUACGGAGGCGUCUGGGGAAGAUUUCGAGCGCAAGAGAGCAUGGGACUGGACUGUUGACGAAUCUGAGAAGUGGGAUAAGCGGAUGGAAAAGAAACAGCGCCAUCGUGAUAAUGUUGCUUUCCAGGAUUACACACAGGAUGCGCGCAAGGUGUACAAAAGGCAGCUGCGCGAAAUGCAGCCUGACCUUGAAGCUUAUGAGAGGGACAAAAUGACCGCGAUUGAAAAAGCAGCUGCAAAUGGCGACCUGGAGAUUGUCGAAACCAAUGAUGGUGAAAUGAUUGCAGUCGACAAAAAUGGGACCUUCUAUUCGACAGCAGAUACAGUCGGAUUUACGGACAAUAAGCCUGAUCGAUCUGGUGUUGACAAACUGGUAGCAGAUCUCAGGAAGGCCGAGGAGGUACGAUUGAAAAAGCGCAAGGAGCGUCGCGGUGAAGAAGAAGCCGAUGUCACAUACAUCAACGAGAAGAACAAGCAGUUCAACCAGAAGUUGGCUCGCUUCUACAAUAAGACAUUACCCAUGAAAGGUCAACCUGCACAGACUCCUGCGGACGCGUGUUACUUGGCAGCUGAGCAUCAACUUGAUGUGACAAAUCUGGCCAAAUGCUUCGCUCCUAUUUCCGCUGAGGCUGCAUCAAAGCAUGCUCUUUCUCCAAAAUCUGGUUGCCAGAUUCUCUAUUUGCUUUGUUCCCACUGCACCGCGAACGGAUUCGUCUUCCAAUGCCUCCACGACAGCAUCGGCCACAAGAUCCACCUGGAAUGGCUUAUCUACCAUAGCACCAAGAAACCGAAGCUUGUUGCCAAUGAGCGCAUUGAAUUGAGAGGCAACAAACCCACCCAAUGCGAUCGGCAGCGUGAAUUUCCUGCUCGAAUCAUACAUAAACGGUGGUCGGAUGAAGACGCUUCGCAGGUCCGGUAG